UAGUUUUGAAAGUCGCUUCAAAAAUGCCAAUAGUUUGGGAGAAAUUUCGUGAUGAAGAGAAAGAAGUUGAGAAAGUGAAAUAUGCGGGAAUGGAAGAGUUUAUCAUUGCGAAAAAUACGUCUUAUCCGGAUGUUCCGCAAGCAUCUUUGUGGCUAAAAGAUCAAACGCAUUUUCUACCUGGUCUCUUUCAGGAUACCAUUGAGACAUUGUAUAAUUUCCAAGUACGUCCUGAUGACGUUUGGGUAGUGACAUUUCCAAAAUCAGGAACAACAUGGGUUCAGGAAAUGGUUUGGCAGAUUUGCAAUGAUUUGGAUUAUGAACGGUCUAAGCAAGAACACCAAAUGGAGAGAUUUCCUUACCUUGAACUCAAUUGUCUCUUUCCUAAACAUGUCAAUUUUCCGAAUACUGUGACUGCAUUGCAAGAAACGAAGUCUCGUCGAUUUAUCAAGAGUCAUCUGCCAGCUCCAUUGCUGCCUAAACAGAUCUGGACAGUUAAGCCUAGAAUCAUCUACGUGGCCAGAAAUGUCAAAGAUGUAGCCAUUUCCUUCUACCAUUUCUACAGAAACGUACAUCACUACCCUGGUAGUUGGGAAGAUUUUUUUGAUAUCUUCAUGAAAAAUAGAGUUUAUUUUGCUCCAUAUCAUACUCAUGUUUAUAAUUAUUGGCGCAUGAGGAAUGAGGACAACAUUCUUUUCCUCACAUUUGAGGAAAUGAAGAAGGAUCAUCCCAGUGUUAUUAGGAAAACUGCUCAGUUUCUGGGAAAAUCUUUUAGCGAAAACCAAAUUCUUGAGCUUGCAGACUAUCUUUCGUUCUCAAAAUUCUCCAAAAUUACUACGCUGAAUCAUGAUACUGUUCUUCAUAGAAUUCAAGACGAACUUCAAACCAAAUUACCUGACAAAGAUUAUCAUUUUGUGAGAAAGGGAGAAGUUGGAUCCUACAAGGUAGAAAUGCCAAAGGAAGUGAUUGAGGAGUUUAAUAGGUGGACUCUGAAAGAAAUUGAAAAGGCAAAAAUGGAUCCAGAUAUUAAUCGAGUUUUCUAUAAUGUCUAACUCAAAGAUUCUAUAAUUGUCUCAUUUUAUUGUAAGGUAGUGUAAACUUAUAGAUAUAGUAAAAUAAAAGCAGCUGAUAGUUAUACAUAACAAAA